UAAUUAAAGAAAAAGAAAAAGAAAAAGAAAAAGAAAAACAGAACUCCACAUGGAAACAUACAAAAAUUCGAGAAAAAUGAUCGAUUAAGUUGGGGGCAUGAUACGAAUUGUUGCCAUCACUUGGUAAAAAAGAAAAAGAAUUUUUAUUUUAUUUUAUUGCCAUCACUUAAACCGGUCCAACGUGGGUCAGAAUAUAAAAGAUCAAAGUCCCCACUUUCAUUGAACGCCGGUCCGACCGUAAACCCUAAAUUUCUCUUACAUCGUCCACGCAGUGUCAAAAGGAAAAUUUCAAUUCUGCCACUGAUCUCGUUGUCUAUAUAUAUUCAUCCAUUUACAAACCCCGUCCCUCUCAUUCAUUUGCCCCCAAAUACUCUCCAAAAAGCGGGAAAACAAUGGCCAACAACAUCGUCGAUCAAGAUCAACAGUGGCUCAUCGACUGUUUGAAUGCCACUCUUGACACCAAUCACGAUGUUCGAUCUUUCGCCGAGGCUUCUUUGAAUCAAGCCUCCCUUCAACCAGGUUUUGGAAGUGCUUUAUCCAAGAUUGCUGCAAAUGUGGAGCUUCCAUUGGGUUUGCGGCAGCUAGCUGCGGUUAUUCUAAAGCAGUUCAUCAAGAAACACUGGCAGGAGGAUGAGGAUGGUUUUGAGCAUCCUGUUGUUUCAAGUGAUGAAAAGGCAACUAUACGUAGACUUCUUUUAUCAUCAUUGGAUGAUUCUCACAGAAAAAUCUGUACGGCGAUUAGUAUGGCUGUGGCAUCAAUUGCACAUUAUGAUUGGCCAGAGGAUUGGCCUGACCUAUUGCCAUUCCUCCUAAAGUUGGUUAAUGAUGGAACUAAUAUGAAUGGAGUACAUGGGUCUCUAAGAUGCUUGGCUCUUCUCUCGGGGGACUUGGAUGAUAAAAUGGUGCCACCGUUAGUGCCUGUUUUGCUACCAUGCUUGCAUAGAAUUGUAUCAUCUCCUCAGAUAUAUGACAAACCAUUACGCACAAAAGCUCUUUCAAUUGUUUAUUCUUGCACAUCUAUGCUGGGGGUAAUGAGUGGUGUCUAUAAGACAGAAACCAGCUCUUUAAUGUCACCUAUGCUUCAACCAUGGAUGGAUCAGUUCUAUGCUAUUUUAGAACAUCCAAUGCAAUCGGAAGACCCUGAUGAUUGGAGCAUCAGAAUGGAGGUUUUAAAGUGCUUGAAUCAGUUUGUUCAGAAUUUCCCAAGCCUUAUGGAAACACAAUUUGUGGUGAUUGUGGGGCCAAUAUGGCAAACAUUUGCAUCAUCCCUUAGAGUAUAUGAACGCUCGUCAAUUGAAGGUGCGGAAGAUUCCUACGAAGAUAGAUAUGAUUCUGAUGGUGCAGAGAAAAGUCUUGAGGCCUUUGUUAUCCAGUUAUUUGAGUUUUUACUGACCAUUGUGGGCAGUGCAAGAUUGGUAAAGGUUGUUACAAACAAUCUGAAAGAGUUUGUGUAUUACACUAUUGCUUUUCUGCAGAUGACAGAACAACAGGUUCAAACUUGGUCACUGGAUGCUAAUCAAUAUGUUGCUGAUGAGGAUGAUAGUACUUAUAGCUGUCGUGUUUCUGGUGCCCUUUUACUGGAAGAGGUUAUUAAUUCUUGUGGAAAAGAAGGAAUUGAUGCCAUAAUUGAUGCUGUGAAAAAAAGAGUCAGUGAGUCUCAACAAGAGAAAGCUACUGGUUCUGCUGUCUGGUGGAGAAUAAGGGAGGCUUCUCUUUUUGCUUUGGCUUCACUCUCAGAACAAUUGCUAGAAUCAGAGGACUCUGGAUUAGACAGAGUUAGUUUAGGAAACUUUCUAGAGCAAAUAAUUACUGAGGACAUGGCAACAGGUGUACAUGAAUAUCCCUUUCUUCAUGCUCGUAUGUUUUCAGUAGUUUCUAAGUUCUCCUCUGUGAUCAAUCUUGGAACUGUCGAUCAUUUUCGCUAUGCUGCCAUUAAGGCAGUUGGCAUGGAUGUGCCCCCACCUGUGAAGGUAGGUGCCUGUCAAGCACUUUCCCAGCUUUUACCUGAUGCAAACAAAGGAAUGCUUCAGCCUCAUUUAAUGGGUUUAUUCUCCUCACUUACAGACCUUCUCAAUCAAGCAUCCGAUGAAACCAUGCAUCUGGUACUCGAAACAUUGCAAGAAGCAGUGAAGGCAGGUCAUGAAGCAGCAGCAUCGAUAGAGCCCAUUAUCUCUCCGAUUAUCCUUAACAUGUGGGCUUCACAUGUUUCAGACCCUUUUAUUAGCAUUGAUGCAGCUGAGGUUCUAGAGGCAAUAAAAAAUACUCCUGGUUGUUUGCAUCCCCUGGUUUCUCGAGUUUUGCCAUAUAUCGGGCCAAUCCUAAAUAAACCCCAACAGCAGCCAGCUGGUCUAGUUGCUGGUUCAUUGGAUAUUGUGACAAUGUUAUUAAAGAAUGCACCUAGUGACAUUGUUAGAACAGUGUUUGAAGUCUGUUUCGAUCCUGUUGUCCGUAUAGUUCUUCAAGGUGACGAUCAUAGUGAAAUGCAGAAUGCAACCCAGUGCUUAGCUGCCCUUGUAUCUGGCGGAAAACAAGAAGUGCUAGCUUGGGGUGGUGAUCCUGGAUUUACAAUGAGAAGUUUGCUCGAUGUAACUUCAAGGCUUCUAGACCCUGAUUUGGAAAGCUCUGUAUCACUUUUUGUUGGGAGUUACGUUCUGCAACUUCUCCUGCAUCUGCCUUCACAGAUGGCACAGCAUAUCCGAGAUCUGGUUGCUGCUCUUGUAAGGCGCAUGCAAUCUUGUCAAAUUGCGGGAUUGAGAAGCUCAUUGCUACUUAUUUUUGCUAGAUUGGUUCACUUGAGUAGCCCACAUGUAGAACAAUUUAUUAACUUGUUGAUUUCAGUCCCUGCUGAAGGCCAUGAUAAUGCCUUUGUUUAUUUGAUGUCUGAAUGGACCAAGCAGCAAGGGGAGAUUCAGGGUGCCUACCAAAUAAAAGUCACCACCACUGCUUUGGCUUUAUUGCUAUCGACGAAGCAUGUUGAAUUGGGGAAAAUCAAUGUCCAAGGCUAUUUGAUUAAGUCCACCGCAGGGAUAACCACUCGCUCAAAGGCUAAACUAGCCCCUGAUCAAUGGACGCUGAUGCCACUUCCUGCCAAGAUACUGGCUAUAUUGGCAGAUGUGCUGAUUGAGAUUCAGGAACAAGUUUUAGCUGGUGAUGACGAGGAUAGUGAAUGGGAGGAACUUCAGGCAGGAGAUGUUGAAGCCGAUGAAGAUUUGCUAUAUUCAGCUGGUGCUGGAUCACAUAGUAGACCCACAUAUGAAUAUCUUGAUGCAAUGGCAAAAGCUUUCAAUGAGGACCAAGAUGAUAGUAAUGAUGAUGACCUACUCAGUGUUGCGGACCCCCUUAAUGAGAUUAAUCUGGCAAACUAUCUUGGAGAAUUUUUUGCGAAGUUUGCUUAUAGCGACAGAGCACUGUUCGAUCAUCUUUGCCAGAGUUUAACGCUGGCUCAACAAAAUGCUGUUAAAAUGGUGCUGAAUCGAUGAUGAGUGAGUUUGUUGUAUCAUUGUUUGUUUGUCAUUGCAUAGUACUAAUUGAUUGUUCAACAAGGUUCUUGCUUUUCUUGCCAAUUCUAUUCCUGAGGGUGGAGCUGCUUCUAAGUGCCGAUUUUGCUCGAUUUUUGUUUUGUCUUUGUAUUCGUUUUUCCUUUUUAUUUUUCACUUGUGCUCUUUUUUUGGUUUGGGGGCAUUCAAUUGGGGCUUGCCAUCUUGUAGCUCGAGACAAUGAUUUACUUUUAUUCAUGUCUAAAGUUACAAGCAAAAAAACAUAUAAUUAUUGCACACAAUUAUAUUUAGUGUGACAGUGAUCAUCGUAAUCUAUGAUUGAUUGGAUUUUGAGA